UAAUUGAAGACACAUGUGUCAGCUAAUGUACAAACAAUGGAAGUGUAUAAAACUGGCAAAAGGUUUUUCCUCUACAUGAAGCAGCUUUGAGUUUGUUUUAUCUUUUAAACUGCCAUACAAGAUUGAGCAGCUGGUAAAAUGGGAAAGAAAGUGCUGAUUGUGUUUGCUCACCAGAGCUCUGGAUCAUUCAAUGCUGCAGCUAAAAAUGCUGCUGUAGAGGUCCUGACUGCUCAGGGCUGCACAGUGGAAGUCUCUGACCUGUAUGCCAUGAGUUUUAAAGCCACUGCUACAGCUGAGGACAUCAAAGGGGAUGUGAAGAAUGCUGAGAACUUCUGUUAUCUGGAAGAGUCUAAACUUGCAUGGGAGCAGGGAAAACUGUCAGAUGACAUCACAAAGGAGCAAACUAAGCUCACUGAGGCAGACCUCAUCAUUUUUCAGUUCCCCAUGUACUGGUUCAGUGUUCCUGCCAUCCUGAAAGGCUUGAUUGACCGUAUUCUCACCAAUGGCUUUGCCUUUUCUAAAGAGAAGCGCUACAGCCAGGGAAUCUUCAAGGACAAGAAAGCCAUGCUGUCCUUCACCACUGGAUCUCUAGAAUCCAUGUUCAGCCCAACUGGUAUUAAUGGAGACAUGAAUGUUACACUGUGGCCACUGCAGAACGGCAUCCUGCACUACUGUGGUUUCCAGGUUCUGGCCCCUCAGAUCUUCUGGGCUCCUUCUUCUGCUGCAGCUGAAGAUCGCAAGAGAAUGCUGGAUAGCUGGCGCACACGACUGCAAGGACUUCUGGAGGAAAAGCCUCUGUCCUUCAUUCCCUUGGACUGCUUUGAUGAGAAGGCUUUCCAGUUGAAGCCUGAUGUCCAUGAGAAGCAUUCCAGCCAGGAGUUUGGGCUGACUGUGGGCAUCCACCUGAACAAACCACUGCCCCCUCACAGCCAGAUGAAAGCUGGGUGCUGAUGAAGUUUCAUUUUCCAUUGUAGCUGCUUUAAUUAUUUGCUGAAAUAAAUUCUAACUAAUCA